CCAAAAUGUCAAAACAGAAGAGCGUCAACCGGCAGUGACGACGCAGCGACGGGAGAGCGAGAGGCCGGUAAAGGAAGAAAACUAACUCCAAAUUAUAAAGUAUACUGGAGCUUGUUUUCCCACCUUAUAUCCAUUCUAAGAGUGUGUGAAGAACAGUGUGUGACCAGCUUUCCCUAUGUGUGUGACAAUGGGAGAUAUCAGCGACUUGGACCGACAGAUUGAACAGCUCAGACGGUGUGAACUUAUUAAGGAAAACGAAGUGAAAGCCCUUUGUGCUAAAGCCAGAGAGAUUCUGGUUGAAGAAAGCAAUGUCCAAAGAGUGGACUCUCCUGUAACAGUCUGCGGUGAUAUACACGGUCAAUUCUAUGACUUGAAGGAGCUUUUUAGGGUUGGUGGAGAUGUUCCGGAGACAAAUUACCUCUUCAUGGGAGACUUUGUAGACCGAGGCUUUUACAGUGUGGAAACAUUCCUUCUUCUUCUAGCUCUUAAGGUGCGUUACCCAGACAGGAUAACUUUGAUUCGGGGAAACCAUGAGUCUCGACAAAUCACCCAAGUCUACGGUUUUUAUGAUGAGUGCCUCAGAAAAUAUGGCUCUGUCACAGUCUGGAGAUACUGCACUGAAAUUUUUGACUACCUUUCCCUCUCCGCUAUCAUUGACGGCAAGAUAUUUUGUGUGCAUGGUGGCUUAUCGCCGUCCAUCCAGACAUUGGAUCAGAUCCGGACCAUUGACAGAAAACAGGAAGUGCCUCAUGACGGGCCCAUGUGUGACCUCCUUUGGUCAGACCCAGAAGACACGACUGGAUGGGGGGUGAGUCCCAGAGGUGCUGGCUACCUGUUUGGUAGUGAUGUCGUGGCCCAGUUCAAUGCUGCCAAUGACAUUCACAUGAUUUGCAGAGCACAUCAACUGGUCAUGGAAGGCUAUAAGUGGCACUUUAACGAAACAGUGCUCACUGUGUGGUCUGCACCAAACUACUGCUACAGAUGUGGCAACGUGGCUGCCAUUUUGGAGCUGGAUGAACAUUUACAACGAGAGUUCAUCAUAUUUGAAGCAGCACCACAGGAAACAAGAGGCAUUCCAUCAAAGAAGCCAGUUGCAGACUAUUUUCUCUGAAGUCUUGUGUAUUGAUUUCACCAAGUUAUAAUUCAAAGAACUCUGUGCAGUUGGACUGAAAACCCGCAGAGACCUAGCAAUGUCUGAACCAUGAGAUCAUUUUUCUUCUCUUUAUUUGUAAAUUCAACUCCGCUCAUUUAUUCAGUCCUCGUGUAAGUUUAUUCUAAAGAUGAUAUGUUGGAACUUUUUUUUUUCUGAAAAAAAUUCAUAUAGGUUUCACAAUUUGUAGUGUGAUCUCUCGUAAGCUGUAUUCACACUUCUUUUCACUUUGGUCUUUUUUUUUUAAAUCUAAUGUCUGUAGGUCUUUUUUUUUUUUUAUCUGUCUGUAGGUUUAUCAAUUUUGAUAUUGAGAUAAAGUUUUUGUAUUGGUGUUUUUGCUAAA